UUGUAACGAAGUUUUCAAGCCACAUCAGUGACACUUCCUUGGUACAAAUCAUACAUUCCCUGCUCAUUGAGUCGAACAUAGCUAUAACAGUCAAUUGAACAUAUUGUGCUGGAAUAUACCAAGGACCUAAAACCAUUCAGAAACAGCAACUCACCGAAACUAUAUUGCAUAUAAUCUGUUUGCUGAAGUUCAUUCCUGUCCAUCUGGGCAUAUAUGAUAAAGAAUGUACUCGAGAACAUAUAAGAUGUCACCGUUAUGCACUUAACAGUCUGUCAACAAACUGACCAAUCAAAAGUUGCAUAACGUUCCAGUCAUUUGACCGACAGCCAAAGUGAGAGGGAAUUUUGAAACCUAGGUCACUCUCUGUUUUUCACCUUGAGUUUUCCUACUAUCUCAGUUGCUGGUCGGCGUGCAACUGAAUAUCCUGUGUCAUUUCUAUGGAAGAAUUUCAGAAAACAUUUAGUCAAUUUCAAGAUGGUUGGUUGGAAUUACAACAAAAGCACUCUUCUUUGGUUAUUUCAUCAUAUAAGCUUAAGGAAGAAGAAGAAGGUUGUGUUCGAAGUGUUAAGCAUUGUCGAACAUAUAUGAAACACUUAAAGAAUGAAAUAAAUCAUCUCUGUAAGAAUGCUAAAGGUGAUGAAAUAUCUCUUCUUGAGAAGGCUAGAUUAGAUAUCUUGAAAAAAGAAUAUUUAUUACGAGACAUUGAAGAUGUUUUACCUCGGGCACCUGGUUUGUACCUACGCAUUGUACUGGGAGCUUUAAAUAUAUCAUUUGCCAACAAGGAAGACAAAUUUAGAUACAAAAACGAUUACGAGCAGUUUAAAAUUAUUCUGUCAGGAAUUUGUGCAGUCUUUGCAUUCAUCCUUUACUUUUUCAUCCAAAACAGAAUUGUAGAUACUCUUUUCCAUUUUCUCUUGGUAUGGUAUUAUUGCACAUUAACUAUUCGUGAGCGUAUCCUUAUUGCUAAUGGAUCACGAAUCAAGGGAUGGUGGAAUAUUUCUCAUUUCAUGUCAACAGUAAAUUCUGGCAUUAUGCUUAUUUGGCCUAGAUCGCAUUCAUAUGAUGAAUAUCGUGACCAGUUUAUGCUAUUUGCCUUGUAUUUAAAUCUUGUUCAUUUCAUACAAUAUCAAUAUCAGAUAAGUUGUCUCUACAAACUCCGUACUCUAGGAUGUCGACAUCCAAUGGAUAUAACUGUUGAUGGUUUCAUGUCGUGGAUGUUUCGUCGAAUAACAUUCAUCCUACCCUUCUUAUUUGGUGUUUAUGGUUUUGAAUUGUAUAUGUCAUAUAACCUUUAUAUAAUAUCUCAACAAGAUUAUUGUCAUGAAUGGCAGGUACUUGUAGUCUCAAUGUUGUACUUUGUACUAGCAAUGGGUAGUAUUGUUACAGUCUUACAAGUAAUACGUCAAAAGAUAUGCGCUCCACCGCCUAUUGUAUUACAUGAUCAUUUAACAAAAAAGUACAGUUUUGCUAGACCAUCAGAAAAGUUUACGCCAGGCGAUGAAGAUGACGAUGAGAAUAAAAAUGAAGUUGAGAAAAAGAUUACAUAAUCUGUUUAUUAUCCCAUCUUAUUCUGUCCUAUCCUAUACACAAUGAUGGUAAUUAUCACCUCUCCCCUCCUCUCCUCUUCUCUCCACCGCACUUUGAAGAGUAUGAACUUUGUAUUUGAAAUAGUUAUUUGAAAGGUUAUAAAUGUGUGUGUGUGGGGGUAGUCGGGUGUUCCUCUUCUCUUUUUUACUCUAAAAAUGAUGCAUUUCUCUCUGUCUCUCUCUCUCUCUCUCUGUACGUACGUACGUGUGUGUGUGUGUGUACUUCUCUGACAAUUGAUUUCUUCUUUCAAAGCGGUACAAUUUUGAUUUCACCAUCUGCUAUGUGCAUACAAAUCAAACCAGCCUCAGUUUUGCUAUACACAGACACGUAUAAGCUUCACCUUGUUGGGUGGAGGGGGGCUAAUGUAAACCAAUUGUUACAUAAUUAUAGUAUACUGUGCUAUAUUUUGUAUAUUUUAUUACUGUUAUUAUUUAUUAUUUGUCACCUAGACAACAUAGAACAUUUUGUACUUUAACAAUGUGUAAUUUAUCAAGAUGUUAUUUUUAUUUUUGAUGAUAUCACCAUUCAUUAAUGUGUGUGCGUGUCUAUUAUAUAUAUAUAUAUAUAUAUAU